AAGAAGAAGAAGUCGUUACCUACCUUUGAACGGGCACAGCUGUUUUUGGAGAGGCGAAAGGUUUGACAGCGAGAAACCUUCAGUAGGGAAGUUCAAAAUCUGCUAAUUUCCUCUUUUUUCUUUUUAACAGGCAUUUCUGUGAACAUAGAUGAAGGAAUGACUGCUUACACAGUAGUUGCCUGUCUCCUGGUUGCUCAGCUUACAUCUGCCAGAAAUGACGCUCCAUGCCAGCGCUCCAAGUGGAACAAUGGAUACGACACCUUCAUCAGGCGCCAUCUGCCUCCUGGAACUCCAACUUCUCUGGACCAGAACCAGUGGGAGAAGUUCAUUAAAGGUCUGGGGGGCUGCAACAGACCGACCCAGUCCUUCCUCCAGCCCAGUGAGCUGCAAAAGGUGAAAUCAGUGUGCAGCAGAGGAGGUGGGAAGGUGCUGAAGGACAACCUGUGCAUCAGUAAGCAGCCCUUCACUUUUGUGACGGUGAGGAGCGAACAGGGAACCUGUGGGAUCAGAAGCGUCAGGGAGGAAACCAAACACUUGAUCCUGGCCUGUGAGGUUCUGGAGAAUCAGUGCGUCCCGGUCCACUUUGAAGGAAACCCCACGGAUAAAAAGCCCAGCAACAACGCAAGAGAUUGCUCAGACCCUCAGAGCAGAGGCCAUGCUCCCACUUUUACAAUAGCACCUCUCUGGUUGUUUGGUGUCGUAUGUAUUUUUAAUGGGCUCUGGAUUCUAAAUUUCAUUUAACGCAAGAAUGCUAUUAUAUAUAUAUUUUUUACUUUCAGUUAUGUUUUCUGAGUUUUAUGACAG